UCCUCACAACAUCCGGGCCCCGGCGCCCGCGGCCAGUUGCUAUGGAGACAAGAUGCAACCACUCGAAAGGAUUCGCGGUUUUGCCAGGCAAUACAACUCCAUGGAUUAGGCAGAUCGUUUUAUACAGAGGGAUCCAGCCAAGGAUUCAGACAUUUUGCUGCUUUAAUUGGGUGUAGUUUCCUGGGUAGUUGCCGGACUUCUUGCCUUUCGCCGCAAGAAAAGACUCCGUUUGCCGAAAAAUUGAGGAAGAUAGAAUGACAGACUGCGACUGGGAUAAGAAAAGUACUUCAACUUCAAAGUCAGACACAGGAAUGAAACCUGAACAACUGCUUCCUUGUGUGAACCCUGGCAAUCCUGUGUUUUCCUGUAUGUUGGACCCAAAGACACUCCGUACAGCUACUUCACUAUCAAAACCUCAGAUGAUUAUGUACAAAACCAAUUCAAGUCAUUAUGGUGAAUUUGUACCUUUGCCACAGUUUCUCCCCUGCAAUUAUACUCCAAGGGAGCAAGGAUUUUCAAACCAUAUUAGAGCAACUGGACUUUAUCAAAAUAACAGUCUAAAUACUGCACCUGAUAGAAAUAGAACCCUUGAUUUUCCUAAUUUUCAACAUACUCUAUGA